UGGAUAAUAGUAUAAAUAAACAAAAGGAAUUGCCAUUCCGCUUUUUUCAGAGAAUCCAGUAAAUAAUUCCAGGGUUUCCUCAAGUAAAAUGUCGGCGAUUUGUAAAAAUCAAUUGUGUAAAUAAUCUAAGGUCGAUUUUCAUAAUUGUCAGCAAUUAGAAGCAUUAUACUUGUUAAAAUUGUCAUGGAUUUUCAAGCCUGGCAGACCAACCUCAGUCUAAUUCUUCAGUCUCUGAUCGUCAUUGGAUGGCAUCAACAUUUGACUGAAAUACAAAUAAUGGAAGACCAACUUAAAGACGUGAAGAAAUGCAUGACCUGGAAUCGAAGGGCCUUCCGAAUAAUAGGAUUGUGGCCAUUGGAUCGAACGUUUUGGCUCUUCUACUCUUGGUUCCUGUAUUCUACGCUCCAUCUCUUUAUGGGUUUUGUCGAUUUAGCACUGUCAUUUGGCGAUCUCAAGAAGAUUAUUGCGAAUUUUACAGAAACGGCUUUGGAGACUAUGAUAAUAAUAAAAAUAAUUAUAUUGAAACACUCGAAUACUUUCCGAGAGACUGUCAUAAUGGCAGAGGAUGAAAUCAAAGAGAAACAUUUUUUAGAAAUUAAGGAGAAAGAAAUAUACAGAUUUUAUAAUGGAAUGGCUAUGUAUUUCUUCAAGUGGGCGAUGCCUUACGCAUAUUUUUCAUCUGCAUUGUAUCACUUGAAACCUAUAGAAAUUCAAGUGAAGGCCGGUAAUAUGCAAUGAAUAACGAUAUAAUAUAAUAUUUUUACUUAUUAUUUAACUGCUUCAGCGUUAGCCAAUGAAACGUUACCUUGGUCACUACCGUAUCGAUCUCAUCUACCUUUCGAGGUGACGAAGCUGACGACGUACAUCUUCGUUUAUGUAUAUCAAGCUCCAAUGAUUUACUUUCACGGAUUUCAAACAGCAUUUGUUAGCUUCCUCGUCACUCUAGUAUUCAAUGCCUCUGGACAUCUAGCUAUUCUAGCAAGACGCAUAAGGAACAUUCAACCCAGCACAUCCAGGAAUUGGAACAUCGAAGUGGGCAAUUCGGUCCAGCGCUAUCUGGAAAUAGUCAGAUUCGCCAAAUUGAUUGAUAAAAGUUUCAGCUUCCUACUUCUCGAGGAAUUAGUGAUAACUGUAGUGUGUCUGGCGUUAGCAUCGUAUAAUCUUCUGGUGAAUACUGACUUUGAGGAUUCGACACCGUUCGUAUCAUUUACCAUGUACGCUUCCACGAUGAUAGCUUUAACUUUUGCAUACUGCUUCGCUGGUGAAUACUUAAUUACUGAGAGUAUAAAUGUGCAUGACGCUUAUUAUUAUUGUGACUGGCUUGAACUACCAUCGAGUCAUCGGAAAUCAUUGAUUCUAUGUUUAAUUGGAACGGAGAAACCUCUGGCUUUGAGGGCUGGUGGGUUUUACACAUUUUCAUUGGCAGCGUUUACAACUGUAUGUACAAUUAGAAGCAUUAUGGUAUUCUUCAAGUUCUCAUGCAUUUUUAAGACUGGCAGACCAACCUCACAGUCUGCUUCUCUAGUCUUUGAUAAUCGCUGGUGCCAUCAACUUUUGGCUGGAGUACAAAUAAUGGUAGAAGAUCAACUCAAAGAAGUGAAGCAAUUAUUCGCCUGGAAUCGAAUGGUCUUCGUAAUAAUUGGAUUAUGGCCAUUGGAACCAACAUUUUGUUUCUUUCACGCUUGGCUUGUGUAUUUUGCAUUUCAUCUCUUCAUGGGUCUUACAGACUUGGUGCUGGUAUUUGGCAAUCUCGACAGGGUCGUUGAAAAUGUUUCUGAAACGGCCUUAGAAAGUAUGAUAAUCGUGAAAAUGAUUGUACUCAAGUAUUCAGGGACUCUUCGAGAAGCUGUGGUAAUGGCAAAGGAUGGAAUCAUGGAGGACAUUUUUUUAGAACCCAAAGAAAAGGCGAUUUAUACGUUUUAUAAUGCAAUUGCCAAGAAGUUCUUCAAGUGGGCGGUUGCUUUUGCAUUUAUUUCAGCCAUAUUGUACCACUUGAAACCUAUGGAAACUCGAUUGAAAGCUGCAUUAGCCAACGAAACAGUACCUUUGUUGCUGCCCUAUCGAUCGCAUCUCCCCUUCGAGCUCACGGACAUGACGAUUUACAUUUUAAUUUACGUCUAUCAAUCCCCGAUGAUUUACGUUCAUACGUUUCACACGGCAGCUGUUUGCUUCCUCAUCACUCUAGUACUCAGUGCCUGUGGUCAUCUAGCUAUUUUGGCCAGACGGAUAAGGAGCAUUAAGCCAAAUAGUUCCGGAAAUAUGGAACUCAAAUUAGGGAAUUCCAUCCGGCGAUAUCUGGAAAUAGUCAGAUUUGCCAAAUUGAUCGAUAAAAGUUUCCGGUUCAUACUCCUCGAAGAAUUAGUGACAACUACAGUCUGUCUGGGAUUAGCGUCAUAUAAUGUGCUAGUGAAUGCAGAUCUUGCUGAUACAACGACAUUUAUAACAUUCGUCAUGUACGUCUUCACAAUGUUACUCAUAAUUUACGGAUACUGUUUCGCCGGUGAAUACUUGAUCACCGAGAGCAUGAACGUGCAUGACGCUUAUUAUCAUUGUGACUGGCCUGAAUUACCAUCGAGUUAUCGCAAAUCAUUAACUCUGUGUUUAAUUGGAACGGAGAAACCUCUGACGUUGAGGGCUGGUAAAUUUUACACCUUCUCAAUGGCAGGAUUCAUGGGCAUUAUGAAAACUGCGAUGGCUUAUGUGUCGAUGCUGCGAACUCUUGUAUUGUAGAUGUCUUACCAUUUUUUACCCGGUAUUUAUUAUUGUACGCUUGAGGUGCAAUAAACUAUUUUGGUGAGCACCCCUGAAUGUUGUUGAACUAGCGUGACGAUGGAGGUACUCAUUAUUUUUUUAUGGUAAAAGAGAGAAAAGAAAUGAAGAAUCUCGACUUGAACAAGGAGAAUUCAAUCCUCCCGCGAACAGCGUUGAUUUCAUUGCUUAAUGUUGAUUAGGGACAUAUAGACAUUUUUUUAAUGAGCAAGCGAAUUUCCGGGCAACUCACCCCCCAGCCAUCAGGAUCGAUGGUGGCGCCUCUCACCACCGGGGUCGGUACUAACAUUAGCAUGCCCUUUGCGUGAAUCUAUCCUUUUCGCCAAACAACGUACAAAUACCUCGGAACGCCCGUGGCAUACAGAGGUUCCUACUUAGAAUGCAACCCCCCCCCCCCCCCCCCGGCCAAAUAGAUUGCGAU